AUGGCAGUCAUUAGCAUGAAAUUGGUUCUAGCUUUUUUAGCAUUUAUAGCUCUUGUCAUUUGUAAGAAAAAUUGCAAGACGCCCAAAAUAAUGGUCAAAGGAGUCUGUCGUAACCCCAAAGACGUAAAGGAAUCGGAAGUGAAUGCUUGUAAGAAGGGAUUUGGUGCCCAUGACGGCUUGUGUCAGACCAAGAAGCGUAUUCGGAAGGGGGACAAAUGUAGGGCCGACGAGAUCAAGGCGCCUGGUGGACAUUGUCGCAAAAAAAACAAGUCUCACGGAUCAGAUUAUAGCAUAUCGAACAUGCCCCCGAAUUGCCCACCCGGUUAUGUGCUAACCUCCAAUAAUCGUUGCCGUAAAAGGGCCAGAACAGACGAAAAAACUCCGGAUAACCAUUGAUUCGUACUGCAAUGCCGAUGGUAUUCGGGCUCAUCUGCUAACUUGAUGCCUAAGCCUUUGCUUUUGUAUAAUUUUAAUUAAAAUAUUGGUUGCAAAAUAUUUUAUGCUCAUAAAUUUUAA